AUGGCGGAGGCUCCCACCCAAACCCAACAACCUCGUCCGAUCAUCAACGUUGUUUUCCACCUUGGCGGCGGUGGAGCGGACGCUGGAAAUAAACCCGGGGCGGCGCCGGCGUCAAAAGCUUCCAUAGAAGCAAUGCCGAAGAUAAAAGUGAAAGAGAGUGGUAGAGAUUGUAGUAUUUGUUUGGAAGAGUUUGGAGUUGAUGAGGAAGCUAGGGAGAUGCCAUGCAAGCACGUAUUUCAUUCGGGUUGUAUUCAGAAGUGGUUGCAGAUCCAUGGUUCGUGUCCGAUUUGCCGGUUUUUGAUGCCCGCCGAUACGGUCGAAACCGGAGGCGGUGAUGGUGGUCGGAGAAGUUCGGAAGAUGCGGAGGUUACUGGUUUGGAGUUUUUACAUAUGCUUUUAUCUUUUGCUAGCCAGACAAUCUUGAUAGGUGUGGGUCGGGGUUCACAUCAACCUGGUUCGAAUCCUGUUGAUGAUGAUGAUACCUCUUCGAAUUAA